AUGGUGUCAGCCCCCUUCCGUGGCUCACAGGCCGCUGAUAGCCAGCCAGGACCAAGCAGCUCACCAAUGCUCGCCAUCAACAAUGCCAAACCGCAAACCACGAGGGCCAGGGCACCUUGGCCGUUGGAUACCCUCUGGUCCAGCUCGAGCAAGAGAUCCUCUUCCUCAAAAUCACGUUCGCCAGUCUCUCCUGCUCUCGGACACUCUUACGACAGCGCCACGGGCCUCGACGCGCACCAACAUAACGACUUCGCCGACUUGCCCCUAACACCCCCCGACUCGGGUGCUUCUGCUUUCGAACUUCGCGCCAGUGCCCACCCCUCGCUGGCAAGCUUGCAACCCGAAGCGGUUCUCAUGUCGACCUCCGCUGCCGCUGUUCCUCCUCGAACUCCCGUUCUUCUGUCUGACGAUCUCGCCCAGUCACCACAGAAGGCUCGCAGCAAGAAUGACAUCUUCAACUCUCCUGUCACCUGGUUGACGCCCCCAUCUCGCCCUAAUGUAUCGCUCGCAGCGGGUUCACAAACGGCCUCACCGCCUCCAUCCCGGAACUCGCUUUUCUUCUCAUCCUUUGGCUCCAGCUCUCCCAGACCUCCAUCACCUCCAUCGCCUCUCCCUUCUUCGUCUAGACGCAGUCCAGUUAAAAGCUCGUCAGCCAGCUCAGACUGCGAUCCUUUGCCACCUGUACCAAGAGCGCCGCUACAACACGCCCCGCCAGAAAUGCAGAAAGCCACGGGGCGCAAGAAAGGGCACACGCGCAACUCGUCAUUAGGACGCGCCAGCUCAGAGGAAUGCCUGGAGGAGGAAGCAAGGAUCAGAGCCACAAAGCAUGUCGACUUUCGACUCUGUCCGACCAGCGACUUUCUUCUUGGUGAAGGUCGUCACUGCUCCGUGUAUCUGGGCAGCUAUCGUCCUCGUCCAGAGGCAGCCGCACCACCUACCAUUCAGCAAUCGGCAUCUACCAGCGCAUGGAGGCUCUGUGCUGUCAAACGCCUCCAUGCAGAUCGUCAGAGCCAGCUCCUGGGACUCGAGGAAGCCUUUGCGCUUCGUCGUCUAGGAACGCAUCCCAAUAUUAUUCAGCUUAUUGACAUUCGCGACGAAGUCGAAUUCACAGCAUCGCCUCGUCACACUCCUCAGCCGUUACCCGAUCCGUCUAGGGCCCCUCGCCCCGCGAGCAACAACAUCGGUCUAGGUCUGCCGAAACUCGAACAUCGUGGACCCAGUCCUGCGGAUGGCGCCAACGGUCACUCAAACCAUUCCAGAUCGACGAGCGACAUGACUGGAAGGGACGAGCUGCUCAGCGAGACGCAGUCACUCAAACGAGCCUUGGCGUACGAGAAGCAACACGAAGCCCUUCUCGCGCGUGGCAUUCUCCACGAAGCCGAUCCCUCUCCUUUGUCCUCGCAGAAGACACGUGUCAGAGUCAGCACAGCUGAGAUCCCGCGCACUGCGAAUCUGCCCACGCCAACAUUUCUCGUACAAGGCCCCGACGGCGAUGACCUCAACAACAGACACAUCCGCAGUCAAGCUGGUACUGACACCAAUUUGCGCAAAACUCCUGCCAACACCAUCGAUCCCCCGCGCCUUCUCAUGCUUCUCGAGCUUCUCCCCAACAACCUCGCCCUGUACGCCAGAAAGCACACCCAACGCAUCGAUCUGCAGCAAUGGUUCGAAUGGGCGCUUCAGAUGGCAGAAGCCGUCGUCUUCCUGCACAGCAAGGGCUGCGUUCAUGCCGACAUUAAGAAGGAAAACAUGCUUUUGACCGAAGACCUCGACAUCAAGCUCUGCGACUUUAACUCUGCCGUCUUUCCUAACCCGAGCGACCCGCCGCGCGACGGCCUCGGGCUCGGCACGCCAGCGUACUGCGCCCCGGAGCUGAGUCGGGCCACGGGCGGUCCUGGUGCUACGAGCUUCUCGUAUCCGAUCGACAUCUUCUCGCUGGGCGCCGUGCUGUACUCGCUUGCCACCGGCUACGAGCCUUUCAGCAAGGCCCGCAGCGUGGUCGAGAUGCUCCACCGCAAACGUCUCUUCUUUGAAAGCGAGGAGAACGACCGGGCAUCUCGCCUGGCAGUGGAAGCGGGUAGCAACCCCAACAGUCAACCUGCAAGUCGCAGUGGGAGUCUGCGCGGCCGACACUCCAAGAGCUCAUCUUCGACCUACAACGACGCUCCCUUUGCUGGCCCUGCAUCGCCUGGGUCACUGACAUCCUCGCUGAAUCGAUACCUGCAACGCAGUUCGCCUACGCAGACACGUCGCGACGCUAGCAACGACAGUCUCGAGAGUGUCGCCUCGACCAUCACCACCAUCUCGGGACGUAGUCCGAGCUCUUUGGCUGUAGCACGCCUGCUCGAACCCACCGACGAGCCACGUGGCCUUCUCGUCGACCCGAAUGGCCCUUCCCGCUCCGGCUCACUUCUCCGCGAUCUGAGUCGGUCUUCCGCGGUGCGCCGAACCGCGUCGACGGGCGGACGCAAAGCCAUGGCCGCUGGCAUCACAGACUUGCAGAGGCUCCGCGCAAACGGAGAGAUUGGUGUGGAUCAAAGCAAUAGCGGGAGCGCUCCCACGUCAGCAGUUGUUCCGGACCUAACGUCCAUCCUCAAGCCCACUCCGGCGGUGUCCAAAGUCACCCUGCUUGAACUCGCAUCUCGACCCGAUUGGCUGCGUAGACGCUCGUCCUACGGCGACGAACUCAAAUCAACCUCCUCGACCAUUGCAUACCCCUCAUCAGCGGCACCGAUCUCGGAGCACACCAUCGAUGGCAGCCGAAGCAUCGAUGAAGGGCUGUCGACAACACCGACAAAGCCGAGUCGAUUGCGCACCAUGUUUUCGCACACUUCGACGGGCGCUUCACAGGUCAGCUCCUCGACGGAAGGUUCGUCCGCUUCGUCGCCUUUGGAGCAGACAAGGUGGCAUGAGUCGUCGGGCAAAUCAGGCGCAGACACGCAAGCGUACGAAGAUGGGCAUCCGGCCAUCAUUCUACCCGGAGGUGGAAGACUUCCAGAUAGGACACGCGAUCUGCUUCGAUCCAUGUUGCAGGCUGAUCCUUCUGCCAGACCCACUGCCGAACAGGUGCGACAACGUCUGCAGGCGUACAUACAGCAGCUGUAG